AGGCCGCAUCCAUCCACAUCCACACCCAAAACCAUCGAACCCCAGUUUCUUCUAUCUUGCGCGCCUCCUCUCGUCACCCGUAACCGUACCAGUCUCCGCAACAAUCAAUCACUAGUUUCAUUCCAAGUCGAUCAAUUUUUUACGUAACUCGGGAACCUACACAUUUGCACUUGGGAAAUUGUUAUUGUUGUCGCCGCGACCGCGACCGCGCACGCGAAACAUCUUGUGUUCAAUCUCGGCCAGUCACCUCGGGUCAUUCGCACGAUGUCGAACUCGCAGGUUGGUACGGUGUACCAGCAAAUCAUUAAGGAUGUAAUCGACGCAUCGCGAGUGGAUUUCGAGGAAGGCGGCGUUGAUGAGAGCGUCUUGGAGGAACUUCAGAAGACUCCAAAGCAAGAGCCAGAGCCAAAGCCAAAGCCGAGGGUGGUGAGAACUGGCGGAUUUUGUGAGGGGGCGGGCAGGCACUAUUUGGGCCUUUUAUCCCUAUGUGCCUGCUGCAAACCUCCUUGUGACUCACGUCAUUUCUUAUUGGUCGGGCGAAGAAGACCCAGUUCUAUUCACGUGCCCUUUACUGUGCACGUUCACAGUAUAUUCACUUUUUCCUCUCUUUAUCCUCCCCCACCAUUUUUAUCAUUAUACAAUCUUAUCGUCUUGCGGAUUGAACAAUGUUUCCAUCCCACCAAAAAAGGGAAAAUGAAAAUAAUAGAAUUAAAUAUAUGAUAAUGAAUUCCCCAACUGACAAAAUUCAUAUAGGGAUGGCAGAAGAAGCUCUCUCAGCAACAGCUGGCUAGCUUCCCCUGGGAUCCUAAACCGGAUCCUCCAGCAUCUGCU